AUGGACCAAGAGAUUGUAAAAUCGUAUUUUGAUAAGAAGCUUGUUAAGUAUGGAGUGGUAUUUGGAUGCUUCAGUAAAAUUGAACAAGUUGGUUUAACAAGAUAUCUUUCAAGCAAUCGCAUCAUUCAAAUAGUUAACAUUAACAAAGCUCAUUAUCCCUUACUUCUAGAAAACCGACACCAUCUUGGUGUUGCUUUAGACUUGGAAUGCAAACAAUCCAAAGAUUUAAUUUUCAAGAGCGGGGAAUUAGGUUAUUUUGAUAUUAAACACCAUUGGCUGGUACUAAGUAGUCAAGAAAACGUCACAGAAUAUUUCCAACAUGCAAAAUUUGUAGUAACUGCUGAUAUCAAUGUAGUUACUCCAUUAUCCAAAGAAGCAACAAAGUUUAAGAUCACAGAUUUCUACAGUCCAGGAUCUAGAGAGACUAAAAGAUUUGUGUAUGAUCCUCUUGGAUAUUAUAACAAAACAACUGGCUACAAAACCAAUUCUGUGGGGUCGAAGUACUGGAAACGUAGAGAUUUAACUGGGGUACACGUUAGAAGUACAGCUGUGUUGUUUGAUCCGUAUGAAGGUGACCCUGCAGAAUACAUUAAAACGUACGAAAAUAGAAACUACAACACAUUUUCGAGAUACCAAAGUAAACUGUACUUAGCCUGUGCUCAACGACUUAAUUACACGCUGGAUGUGGCUGUAGUGAACAGCUGGGGUUACCCAUUAGGCAAUGGCAGUUGGGAUGGCCUGUGCGGAGCAUUGCAAAGAAAUGACACGGACAUUGGGCUAUCACCUGUGGUCGUAAGGCCAGAUAGAAUGGAAGUUUUAAGAUACGGUUCACAAACUUGGGUUUUGAAAGUGGUCUUUCUAUUUCGGAAUCCCAAAACCAAAAGCUCCAUUGAAGUUUUCCUGAAACCUUUGUCCUCUUCUAUUUGGUUUUUUACAUUACUGGCUGCUGUGAUUUGUAUUGUUUUACUGAGGAUUAGCUUGUACGAGGAAAAAAUCACGCUUCGUGAUAGAAAUUUGGAUUAUACAUGGAGCUAUUUGAUAAUAUCUAUUGUUGGAGCGUUGACUCAACAAGGAUUUGAAAGUACUCCUAGGUUAUUGUCGGGGAGGAUUAUAACAAUCUUUGUUUUCUUGCUUUUCCUUUUGGUUUACCAGUUUUAUUCAGCCAGUUUAGUGUCAUAUUUGUUACUAAAAGAUACAGAUACCAUUAAAACAGUUGCUGACAUAUUGAAUUCAGAUUUGGAAGUAGGAAUCGAAGAUAUAGUCUACAACAGGGACUAUUUUAAGUUAACUAAAGACGAAGUAUCCAUAAAGUUGUUUAAAAAGAAGAUUUACAGACCUAAUAAUAAAACACAUUACUUACCAGUACCAGUUGGAGUAAAAUUAGUAAAAGGAGGAUCGUAUGCCUUUCAUGUGGAUUUAGAUUCUGCAUCUCCAAUAAUAGAACAAACGUUUGAGUUAAAAGAAAUAUGUGAAUUAAGGAAGGUACAAUUAUUUACCACUGUUACACUGCACACUCCAAUGGUAAGGAAGUAUCCUUAUAGGGAUAUCCUAGAAACAUGCUUGCAAAAAUUUAGCGAAACCGGAAUAAAGUACAGAGAACUUUCAUACUGGUGUGCUAGAAAAUUGUCUUGUAUUGAGUCUGCAAACACCAAAACAUUUAAAGUUGGACUUGAUGAUUUAUAUCCCGCUUUUAUGUCUCUUGCAAUUGGAAUAGCCUUAAGUUUGAUUAUGUUGGUUAUGGAGAUAAAAAUUCACAACAAGUUAAAUAACAAACAGGAUCAAGAAAAUUAUGCUGUUCAAAAAUUUGUUAAUUAACACAUUACACUGUCAUAGAAUUUCAGUAAAACACAUAAAACACAUAGAAGGCAAACUGUUUUAAAAGUUUUCUACUAUUAUUAAUUAAGGAAACUACUAAUAAUUCAAAGAACAUG